GAAGAGCGUUUCUACGUUUGGUCGACGGAAACAUCGAAGGUAUCCUGAGACAGGCAUCAAGUACAGCCAGGUGUGUAAUGCACUCACAUGGCCGAUAGCUGCCAGCAUAUCGAGUUUCUCAACGACAUAUGUGGCAUUGUUGUCCGGAAAUUCGCUAAUAGCGGCUUCUCACACCAAAGCAUGGGCCAGGUGUACGUUGCCUCACUAUUACGCGUUGCAAAAAAUUUUCACAAAACCCGGAAUCUAUUGCGGGGCCGUAGUUUGAUUACAAUCUGGCAAGCAGCAAGUCCAUUCCAGGAUUCACUUGAGAUCAUACUGCUGUUUUUCACUAUGGGUCUAAUGAAACCCGACACGCUAUUUUAUAUCAUUAAGCUUUAGGGCAUAUAUUUGCCUAUCUCAGAGGCAUCCAUAUACAUAUG